CGUUCACAUGGCCCAACCCACUUCCGCCUACCAGCGACUACUGUGAGAUUGGCGCAUCGUUUCCUAUCUGGUCAACGCUUUCCGAAACAAAGGCGAGUGUGAGAGUGAAACAAACAACAAAUUGUACGUCGCGUCGAGUGAGGCCUCAUGAAAGGGUCACACGACCAGCAUCUUCCUGCCACUCCAAAGUGUCGAUGGUUCUUUGCACUGUUUACAGUCACAGCACUGACACUCAAUUUGGCGUUCACUACAAUCUGUUUCAUUUCACUGAGAGAUCUAAAGAGCCAUGUAACGACCCUACAAGACGAUCUAACGACAUUGCAAGAGCAGCAGUCAGCAGCAGGUGAUGUAAGAGACAGAGUAAGUCGAAUGCUAUCAGAGCCCGAAGGAGGGAAGAAAAAGAGAUCAGCAGCAUCUCUCGAUGUAUCAUCACAAAUAGCAGGUGAUCUCGGAUCGGCGAUUGUAUCGACAAUAAAGAGCAUAUGCAAACCGGAAAGUGCUGUGUGUUUGCCGGGAGCGAAAGGAGAAGUUGGAGAGCCAGGCAAAAGUGGGUUGCCGGGUAGAGAUGGGAUUGGACAGCCGGGUGUGAAUGGUUUGCCGGGUCUUAGUGGUAGAGAUGGAAGAGACGGAAGAGAUGGAGAACCCGGCGAUGAUGGGAAGCCGGGCGUACCCGGUGUGAAGGGAGAGAAAGGGGUGAAUGGAACAAAAGGAGAUGUUGGACGGCGAGGGGUGAAGGGGAUCAGAGGCAUUCAAGGAGAGAAGGGAAAGCGAGGGGUUAAAGGCAGGCAAGGUCAUAAGGGAAAUAACGGAAGCCAAGGGGUGACUGGAGACCAAGGACUGAAAGGGGAGAGAGGGGAGAAAGGAAUACAAGGAGAGAAAGGCACGAAAGGGGAACGAGGCAUGAAAGGGGAACCAGGUAUACAAGGAGAGAAAGGGAUGAAAGGGGAACCGGGCAGUGAAGACAUACCAGAGGACGGAACAAUUGAGCCGACAAUUGGCAGUGAGAUAAUCAAGUUACCGAGUCAAUGUAAUGAGACAAACCAUCGAGUCUUGUCCGACACUUGGAGGCAAUCUUCGUUGUCUUCAAUCGAGGUUGGUUUUCAUUGUGAUUCAGAGGACAACGGAUUUCGACACGAAUGGCAUGCAUUUAACGCGAGUAUUGGAAGACGAAUGGCUAAGAAAUGCCCAUCAAAUGGUCACUGUGGGACAGCCACACCCGGAUGGCUAAAGAAAUAUCCACUGACUGCAGUUGGAGACACCGGUAUUGGUAAAGUGUGUUUCCGUUGGCUAGACAACUGCUGUGCCUUGCAGGUGACGAUUAAUAUCACCAACUGUGGGGAUUUCUAUGUCUACAAUCUGCCCGUUACAGAAACAUGUCCGUCAGCGUACUGCAGCGAUGCGUGAGUGUGAUGUGACACAAACAUUUUUGUAUGACUAUGAGCAUACAGUAUAUAUCGUAUUGUAUUGUAGCAUAACAUCAAUGUCUCACCAUUUGUCCAUGAUGUGUUGAUCGGUGCAACCAAACAUCGUGAUGUCGUGUUCG